AUGAGAAUUGUAGUGAAUGAUAAGAAGCUGUUCAAGGCUGCACUGAAGUCUUUGUCGUGCAGGAAGGAAAUCACAAUUGAUGCGAUGCAUAACAGAAUGAUUUUAUCUUCACAUGGAUUUUCACAUGCACAGUGUAGGUUUUACCUGUCAAUUGAUACACUUGGAUCUGACAUUCCAUCUGACUUGGAUCAUCUUGUGUUUACUGUGAAUCCUUUUCAUCUAUUUGAAGGCAUUUUACUGCUUGAUGAGUAUGACAUAGUGAUUGAUGACAGUAUGAAACUAACAGACUUGAAAAGUACCAUAAUGAUUCCAUUUAUUUCGACAGUAGUAAAUGAAUAUGAGGAUAUGGGAUUGCCUGUUACGAAGUGUGUGCUUACACCAAAGAUUGCAAGCACACUUGGUAUGCUAAGAGGCAUAGUUGUUUAUGAAGCAAUAAAUAGCAAGUUACUUGUCAAGAAGAGUACAUGUGACGGUGUUGAUGAGAUUGAGAUUUGUAAUACUGAGUUUCUAAUGAAUGGAGACCUGAAGUUCAAAUGCAAUAAUGACUGGACAGAUUUUCUUGAUGCUUUUGAGGAGCAUUCUGAGAGUGUAAUGCUGACAUUCAGCUCAAGCCUGCUAUCAGUUCAGUUUUUACUCAAGAAUCACACAGAAGGGUAUUUGGAAAUUCAAGUUCCUAGAUUGAUUGUUGAUCAAAUAAUGUAA